CUUCAGCCGCGAAGGCGAUUCGUCCCUCGCGCCUGGCCUCUGCUUCGGAAGGAGGGAGGAGGCGAAGAUGGCGGAGGAAGAGUGAGUGAUUCUUCAGAGACCAUCACAUGACGCUAGGCCACUUCCAGUGUUUGCCCAUGGGACUCUGAUGGCAGUACAGGGAAACAGAGGGAAGACUGCUUUCAGAAGAUGAGUUCUACCCAACUUCGAAUUGUAGAAGCCAUGAAGAAAGUGUGGAAAGGGCAUGGAAUAGCUUGUGAUUCCAGAAGAUAGAAGGGAACGUGGAAUUGGAGGAUGUCCUGAAUCAAGGAAAAAAAGGAUUGCUCCAGCCUUGGUUCUCCUUCUUUUCAGGCUUCAAACAUUUUGUGCUGAAUGUUGCUGGGAGUUCAUAAGGCCAUGGCAGAUGCUGCUGCCCAGCCAUCCAUACGAAGGAAGUGUGGCCCAUACAUUUCUUCAGUCACCAGCCGCAGCCUCAACUUGAUGCUUCGUGGGGUGGUCCUAUUUUUAAUCGGUGUCUUUCUUGCAUUAGUAUUAAACCUGCUACAGAUUCAGAGAAAUGUCACCUUGUUUCCCCCCGAUGUAAUUACAAGUAUCUUCUCAUCAGCUUGGUGGGUCCCACUUUGCUGUGGAACAGCUUCAGCUGUGAUAGGCUUACUGUACCCUUGCAUGGAUAAACACCUGGGAGAACCACAUAAAUUUAAGAGGGAAUGGUCAAGUGUGAUGCGCUGCGUAGCAGUCUUUGUUGGCAUAAAUCAUGCCAGUGCUAAAGUGGAUUUUGCCAACAACAUCCAGUUGUCUCUCACACUUGCUGCACUUUCCAUUGGGCUGUGGUGGACAUUUGACAGAUCUCGAAGUGGCUUUGGCCUGGGCAUAGGAAUUGCAUUUUUAGCCACAGUGGUGACCCAACUGCUAGUCUACAAUGGAGUUUAUCAGUAUACAUCUCCUGACUUUCUGUAUGUACGGUCCUGGUUACCCUGUAUAUUUUUUGCUGGCGGAAUAACGAUGGGAAACAUUGGCAGGCAGCUGGCAAUGUAUGAAUGCAAAGUUACUGCAGAAAAGUCUCAUGAAGACUGAGAAGAGCACAGGAGACUAUGUGACAGACUGGGAAGAGUACUUCACUAUGAAAUUGCCAAACUGCAGUCUCCCUACUCUUGUUUCUUCUUUGUCUCUGCACCCCUGACCUGAUCUGUCUGCGAAUAGUACUAUUUACUGCAAUCUGUGAUUGCUUCAUCUGAGUGUCACUUGAAAAUCCAAGCAUCUUGGGAUAUUGUCAGCAUGAAGUUGCACAAGAAAGUAACAUGAUGGAUGAGAUGUUGGUUUAUACCUUGGAGCUUCUAUUUUCUGAACUAAGCUUGGCUUACUAUGCCCCAUCAUUUUUGCAUAAUAUUCCUGUGCCAAACCAAAGUGCUAUAUUUUUUGUCUCUUUCUAUUUCCACACUAAAUUCAUUUAAUUUACUUUAGGACAGUUUGAUAGAUUUGGUGUUGUUUGAAUAUCACUUUCAUUAUUUCUCAUGUACAAUAAUGAAUUAUGAGGAGUGGCUUAAAAAUGCACCCAGGUUCAGUCAACCCCCCCCCCCCCCCCAGUGUUGUGAUUAUAAUAGCUGAAUAAAUUGACAAGGCAGUUGCUCACUAAGUGGAUGUAUACAUGGCCAAGUUCAACUGUCUGUCCUUUUUCAUGGGUUGAUUGAAUGCAAAAAUCAACCUGUGCCAUCUGUACUGCACAUAGGCAAGAUUGCCACUGCAGUCACCAUGGUGUCCCAUUGCAACUAGAUAUAACCAACGUAUUGUAAGAUAUAUCGACCCUGCAGGACUCUAGGCUGUUGGCAAAGUCUGUUGGCAUCAGCUCCUCAUCCAGUGAAUGGGCUGAAGGGGUGAAUGGGAUCUCUUCCAGACCCUGUUCCAAGAGGUCAAUUAAUGGGAGGCUCUGUGCCAUCCAGAAGCACAGUGACAGUCUUGGCAUAUCAGAAUCCCUAUGGCCAGGCCCCUGAUCAUAGGAGCUUGCUUUGAGACUCAGCCAGAGCUUAUUUCACUGGCCACAAAGAACAUCAGGGCUUCAGCUUCUCAUAUUUGGCACACAUUUCCUGCAGAGCUCCCAAGGUUGGUACAGUAGCAAUGCUUCCCUUCCUCACCUUAUAUAUUUUCAGCAUCUCCUUCAGAGUCAUGGCGAAACUGUGCACUUCCUAAUUGUAUCCAGUCUUUCAUGUGAUUGGACACCUGCAGGACUUCUUCUGCUCCUCUUUGAUCAGUCUGUUGGCAGCCUGCAUGUCUUCAGGAUUUUUUAUUUUCAAGAACCUGGCUAAAAAGCUGAGGUUUCUCAGUAUGAGAAUACAAAAUGGGCCCACUGGCCUCAGGGAAGGAGAACGUGAGAUUAUGUCCUCUGGCAAUUAUGGGGUCUUGCUUUACAAUUCCUUGUUUCUUUAGCAUCUGAUAAGCAUCCCAGAUGUUCAUUCCCUGAGGAAAAUACCUGAUCCAACUGAACAAGAUCUUGAUGAUGCAGUACUUGACUUGCUCCUUAAACCGCAAGCCCAGAUACGUGGGGGAGAGGACUUUGAUCAGAUUCUCAAAAAGCAUAACUUGCCCAUGUUGCGGUGGAAGAUCUCAUCAUAGUUGUUGAUGCACAUCUCUAGGAUGGCUACUUUAGCCUCCUGCAGGGAAUGGGUAGUGGAGGGGCCAUUGGCAUCUGUGUUGAUCUGGUCACUGAAGUGCUGGAUGCCCCCCCGCCCCCGGUUCUCCUUGAGGCCAUUGGGGGCUGUGGCUUUGUGCAGCAGAGGUUCCAAGGCACCCAGAAGAACCAUCUGAGCCUGGGAAGAAGUGGUCAGCCUCUUCCUCUUUGACUCAAACUGACUGCUCACUGCUCCAUCCUACAUCUAUCAAUGUGAUCCAUCCUACCUGUAUCAUACUUUCCUAUAUCUUCCACUGCUCCAUCCUACAUCUGUCAUCAUUUCCUACAUCUAACAGUGUAGGUAUCCCUAAGCUUUCUUUUUGAACUUACUGGGAGCUAUCAGACUAGAUUAAGUCACUGGGACUUCUAGAGGCUCCAAGGGAGGGAGCUGCAAGCUUCAAGCUCUGCCACUGACACUUCACCUGCUCUUCCUCUUUGCUGUCUGAGCUGGCCAUGACAGGAUGCUUCAUCUCAUACCAGCAGGAACAUCCUGUGAGUGAAGACAUGAUCUAAAUCAAGUGCUAAUGCUGCAGUUAUUCAGAAGUGAGUCAUUGGUAAAUAAAAUGGCUUCAUUUCAAAAAUAGGAAAAAAAAAACAGACUUCUGCAAAUUUUGUAAAAGAAGCCUCACUGUGCUUGUUGCAAAUUUUACUCUCUUAACCUGUACAUGUUGCCUGGAAUCUUGCAUGUAUUGUUGGCAAUUGAUAACAGUCUGCUAGGAAUUCCUCAUGCAUAGGCCCCAUUGCAUUGAACUAAUGGGGAAGUUGUAGAAUUGCUGUAUUUUAUAGUGAGAGGAUCCCAAUGGUGUGUGUUCAGUCAGAAGAUCAGAUUAUGGUAACAGUUGAGGAAUAUUAAGGUGAAAUAAUACCUUAAUGGAGAAGUCCAGUUUUUGUUGACAAAAAGAGAAGCAUAACUUGAAUCUGUCCUAAAAUGGCCAGUUUCAUUGCUUCCAUCAUUUUGUUAAUUUAAGCUGCUGUUUUAAAAAGAAUUCCUUUUAAAGGAAAUAUUUAUGAAAUAUUUUAUUUGAUGUGCUAUAUUUACUCAGAAAGGCUGACGUUGGUCCAAAGUAUUUUUAGAUGUUUCAUUUUUGUUUCAUAAUUUGUAAAUUUUGGGAACAAUGUGGAAGAGGCAAGUGAAGCAGCGUCUUUAAUAGUAAUAGUAAUACGUAGAGAAUAUACGGUGGCAGCUUUGAACAAAAAUGCUUCCAGAAGGACAAUGUGCAAUCAGUAAAAGAAAAGGAAAAACAUAUGGGCACCAACCCUGUUAGCUUUGAGUAGACUCAUUGAAUACAUAACUGUUGAUUUAUCAAGUUACCAUUGAUUCAGUGAGUGUACUCUAGUUUGAAAUAACAGAAGGAUUAAGGCCUCUAAUAUGCAAAAUAUGAGUAGCAACAGCUUCCUACUAGCUGUUGUAACUUUCACCAUUGCACUGAAUUGCCUCUAUUGUUGGGCUUCAUAUUAGGAAGCACUUCAGUAUUAGUGCAUCUCCUUAUCCUCUCCUCACAUUGAUAUGUGUAGCUCAAUUAUUUUAUUUUAUAAUGCCUCUUGUAACAGAGUGAAUGUCAUUUGGGAUUGAUGAGAUGAUUAAACAAGAAAUUGAAAUGUUAAUAAAUUUAAAAUUUAAAUAACAGGAAUGCUUAAAAAUUAAACUAAGUAUUCUUGUCCUGGUGUAGCAUCACUCAUAACUAAAUCAAUCAUUCUAAUGACUGAUACUUUUGGGCAAAGCUGUUUAAAGUGUUUAGCUGAGUGUCUUGAAAUUGUGUUAUGAGAAUAUUUUGGAGGAAUACAUCUUAUGAUUUAAAAGAAUAUAUUGAUUAAAUAUUUAUUCAUUGUACCACUGAAAACUAAUGUGGAUGUGAGAGGAAAGGUUUUUCAGGGAGUUGCAUCAGGGAUUUCUAAUGUAAUGUUUUCUGUCCUCUGCUUGGAUGGAGGGCUUUCUUGUCAUUAAUAAUGAAAGAACUGCUGUGUGUAGUUAAAAAAAGAAGAAGAAAUACCACAUUUUGCUGUGUUUUAAUAAUCCAGGGCAGAAAUUGUACUGCAACAUUUCUGUGGCAUGGAGGAGGAUCCUGGUUUGCCACAGUUAACUGAAUCUAGUUGGAAUAUGAAUGGAAUUAUGAAGGUAUGAGAGACUCUUGAGUAAUACCUCAAUUUACAGUGUGGCAUGUGUUAGCCGCAGUGAUGGCUCCCCAUGGUUGUGUAAUUAACCUUGUGAAUGACACCAGACUGGGCAAACUUUCGGAUACUUUUAAUUCAUGUUCUUGUAUCACAUAGUCUUUGAACCCAACUGUAAAGAGCUUAUAGCUGCCCUGCAGAGCAGUUUCAAUGGGAUGAUAAACCUUAAACACAUGAAGGCAUAGCUCUUAACCAUUUCAUAUUAGCAUGAAGAUAGAGAUCCUUGUUUAUCAAGAUACUCACCAGGCAUCAUUGGGGCCAUGCUUAGCUGUGCACCUGGCAUAGCGAAUGGUCACUUUGAAAUUGCUGCUUGGAAUGUUCUGAGUGACAUGUCCAAUUGCAGAGUCAGUGAUGCAAUAUCCUUCUGCAUAUCAUCCCCAUCUUACUCUUGUUUUCCGUUAAGUAGUUUGUACUUAACAAAGCUUACGUUGCUUUUAUGUACCUAUCAGACAGUACUGGAAUUUUGAGAGGUGAGUCUUGUAAUGGGAAUGCCUUAAUUACAGUGGUGGAAAGAGGCUGCUACUGUAUAAUGUGUAAUUAUAAUAUUAGACUGUCUUCAAAAUGUUCUAUAGAGGAUGAAUAAGGUAUAUUUUAGAUACAACUUUAUAAGCACUAUAAACUCUUCACUAGCUGUGAAUUGUAAAGGUUGAUGAUGUUUACUUCUUCAAAUUGCUAUUAAAAGCAAAAUAUGUAUUAAAUAUAAUUACAACCUU